AUGGCCAUGGGUGCAUGGUCAUGUUCAAACCAUUCUCCAGCUUCACUCUUUCCUUAUCCUUCAAAAUUAUCCACUAAACCACUCUUCCAUUAUGCAAUCCUCUAUUGCCCCAAGAAUUGCUCUUUUAUGGAUCCUAUUCAUGCAUUGGCAAUUGAAGGAGCUAAUGAGGCUGUGACAGUAGAAGGAAAAUCUUUGGUUUUCGAAACCAUUAUUGAGGAGAGUAGUAAUAAAGUUGAGAUCAUUAAUGAGAAGAUUGAGUUAGCAUUGAGAAGAAAGAAGAGAAGGAAAAGAAGAAGGUGUUAUUCAGAAUGUUUGGACAUGGAGAAAGGGGAUAAGAUUUUCCUUUCUAAACCUGUUAAGACAGGUCUCUACUUGACCCAUAAGGAAGAGUCAGAGUAUUCUUGGUGCCUUAAGGAAGAAGCAAGAAUUGAGAUACUGAGAAAGAUGGUUGAAGAAACAAGUGAGAUUGAACUAAAUCCAAAUCAAUUGGCUAAGGCUGCAGGAAUGAGCAGAACAAAACUAGAUAAGCUCUUGGUUAAUGCUAAAGAAUCACAAAAGAAGAUUAUUCAAUGCUAUAAAGGGCUUGUUGUAUCUGUUGCAGCUUCAUAUCAAGGCAAAGGAUUAAGCUUACAAGAUCUAAUACAGGAAGGAAGCAUAGGUCUACUUCAUGGUGCUAAAAAGUUCAAUCCUAAGAAGGGAUAUAAGCUUUCUACUUAUGCUUAUUGGUGGAUUAGGCAAGCUAUCACUAGAGCCGUAGCAAACAAAUCUAGAGUUAUUAGAUUACCGGCCAGCAUAUCUGAGCUUGUCCCAAAGAUUUGCAAUGCCAACACUGAGUUAAGCAGAAAGCUUCGGCGAAUGCCUUCCUACGAUGAAAUUGCAGAAGCUCUUGAUCUGGAUGUUUCAACUGUUAGACUAGUUAUCGAGAGAAACCGAGCACCAAUUUCCAUUGAUCAAAUAGUAACUAGCCAAGGCUACAUGUCAUUGCAGGAUAUCAUAUCAGGGCCAGAAGACAUAGUGCCAGAAGAAAUUGUGAAAAAACAAAUGAUGAAGCAAGACCUGGAGAAGCUUCUCCACAAUGUGUUAUGUGAUAGAGAAGCAAUGAUUCUGAAAUUGCACUUUGGUAUCAAUGGAGAUACCCCUCAAUCUUUUGAGGAGAUUGGAAGAGUGCUUAAGCUUUCAAGAGAAAGGAUUAGACAGAUUAGCUGCACUGCCUUGUCAAAAUUAAGAGAAAGUACAAUGUUAGACAGCUUCAAAAUGUACAUACAUGAAAAUAUUCUGUAAAGACAAGAUAUUUUGUACAUUGUCACAAGCAAAAUUGAAUUGAUACAAUAAUAUAAAAGAUCAACAAACUGUUGAUGGA